CAAAUUCUUAACCUCAACUUUGAAAAAUUGUAUUUUACUUAAUUAUUUAUUUAUUUAUAAGAGCCAAUUAUUAUUAGUUUAAAUCUAAAGUUUGGAUGUUAGAGUUUUGAAAUAGUCUCUAUUAUGGAAACAGUUGUUGAGUCCAUUCCUCAAUUGAUCAAAGAUAUAGAAGAAUUGGAGAAAUUAAAAGCUCAAAAAGAAAUAGAGAGAACAGACUUAGAAACGCAAAACAAAAAACUUCAGUACAGAUUAAAAUUUUUAAAAGAAGCCGUAUCUGAAGAAUUAAAAAUAUCCACCCAAGAUGAUAAUGAUUCUUUGGUUAACUUGCAUUCUAUAUUAGUUAGUUUAUUUUCAAAAGCUAUUCAAACUGCUUACCCAACUAUAGGUGAAGAAAUUCAAACUACAAUAUCAACUGGUAGCAAAUUUGCUGAUUAUCAGUGUAAUGCAUCAAUGCAAAUUUGUAAACUUUUAAAAUCUAAAGGAGAAAAUGUGUCACCAAAUACAGUUGCCAAAAAAAUAGUUGAAUGUUUAGAACCAUGUGAUGUUGUUGAAAAAGUUGAAGUUUCUGGACCUGGGUUUAUAAAUAUUUGGUUAAACCAUGAUAAGUUAAGAAAAAUAUUGCAAUUUGUUUUAACAAAUGGGUUGAAACCUAAAUCUCCUAUUAAAAAACAAAGAAUAAUAGUAGAUUUUUCUUCUCCUAAUGUUGCAAAAGAAAUGCAUGUUGGUCAUCUGAGGUCUACAAUUAUCGGAGACAGUAUAUGUCGAUUAUUUGAAUUUUUUGGACAUAAUGUGUUACGGUUAAAUCAUAUUGGUGACUGGGGAACACAGUUUGGCAUGUUGAUUACAAGACUUCAAGAUAAGUUUCCUAAUUAUUUAACAGUGUCUCCUCCAAUUCAUGAUUUACAACAAUUUUAUAAAGAGUCAAAGGUACUCUUUGAUAGUGACCCAGAUUUUAAAAAACGUGCUUAUGAAUGUGUAGUGAAAUUACAAAGUAUGUCUCCAGAUCAUGUAAAAGCAUGGCAAUUGAUUUGUGAUGUAUCAAGAAAAGAGUUUGAAAAAAUUUAUGAAAGAUUAAAUAUUUCAUUAAUUGAAAGAGGAGAAUCUUUUUAUCAAUCUCGAAUGGAAAAUUUAGUGAAAGAACUUACUCUUAAAGGCUUACUUCAGGAAGAUGAAGGGCGUAAAAUUAUGUGGGGAUCUGGAACUUCUAUUCCAUUAACUGUUGUGAAAUCUGAUGGUGGGUUCACCUAUGAUACGUCAGAUUUAGCUGCUCUUAAACAGAGGAUUGAAGAAGAAAAAGCAGAUCGAAUUAUUUAUAUAACUGAUUCUGGUCAAAGUACUCAUUUUGAAACCUUAAAAAAUUGUGCAACACAUAUUGGUAUUCUUAAUCCAAAUAAAGUUCGUAUGGACUUUGUAGGCUUUGGUGUUGUAUUAGGCGAAGAUAAAAAAAAAUUUAAAACCCGAUCUGGAGAAACUGUUCGUCUAGUUGGACUGUUGGAUGAAGGUAUUAAAAGAGCUAGAGAUAAAUUAAUUGAAAAAGAAAGGGAUAAAGUUUUAACUCCUGAGGAAAUGCAAAUGGCUGAAAGAGCUGUGGCGUAUGGUUGCAUUAAAUAUGCUGAUUUAUGUCACAACAGAAACCAUGAAUAUGUAUUUUCAUUUGAUAAAAUGCUGGAUGACAAAGGAAAUACAGCUGUUUACUUAUUAUAUGCCCUUACAAGAAUUAGAUCAAUAAUUAAUAAUUUAGGUGAUAACUGUAAAAAUGAAAAUGAGCCAAUUUCACUAGAACAUGAGAAAGAGUGGAAAUUAGCCAAGACAUUAUUGCGUUUCCCAGAAGUAUUAACAAAAAUUACUGAUGAUUUAUGUUUACAUCAUCUAUGUGAAUAUCUUUAUGAGGUUGCUACUACAUUCUCUGAGUUUUAUGAUAAAUGCUAUUGUAUUGAAAAAAAUACAAAAACUGGAGAAAUCACAAAAAUUUAUUUUGGUCGAAUUUCAUUGUGUAAAAUAACUGCUGAAUACUUGAAUACUGGAUUAAAUAUCUUAGGUAUUACUACUGUUUCUCGUAUGUAAAAAUGUUUUUCUAGAAUAAAUUAAAAUAUAAAAUUUUUAUCAACA